CUCUCAUAGCACGCUCCUCUUAUUGUCACGUAGCUUGCUGUCCCAUGGCUGUCACAAGCAGAAUACGGUUUCCUGCGCUCCAGCGCUCGAUCCCCGCGCUCACUGUUCUAUCCUCGCGAUGGACCACAUCCGAUUUUGUUCAUAGAGACCGAUUCUUUUCCUCAUCGGCGUCGCCGGCAGCUGACCCACCGCCAGGAUCGACGGCUGGCGUGAAUCCAGCAGUAGAAUCCACGGCAGCGGCGGAGGAGACGGGAAGCUGGCGAAGCCACGCGGAGGCUUGCAGUCGAUCGCUUCGGCUGCACGUAGCGCCGGCGAAGAAGAACCUUCUGGGCAUUUUCCGAGAGUGCCAGACGGCGGAGGAGGCCGAAGCUUCCUUGCAGAUUCUGGCACGAAUCAGGCUUGAGAACGCGGCAUAUCGCAAGCAGACAGCGAACUUCAAUGACGAGGUCUCCCUGGAUGUCGUGCGAGCAUGCAUCCGAGCAGGCGUUCCGCAGAAAGCUUUGGUUGCCAUUUCCCCGACCAAUCCGUUUGGCUUGACUCCGCUGCUAGGCGCUGCUCAUCUGAUCAUGAGACAUGCUACAAUGGCCAAGGAUAAGUCCCUGUUGCUCUCGGCUUAUAGUCGGAUGGAGAAGGCCAACAUUCAGCCAUCAGCCACCACUGCAGACAUCGUCAUCAGCACGCUGAUUGCCCAAGAAGAAUCUGCCUUGGCGUCUCAAUUGGCUGACAGCCUUCAACAAGACGGGGUUACUUUGAAGAAGGAAGUUACGAGGAAGCUCCAAGAGGCUGUAUCUUCGUUGUGACGAGCCAAGACAUGCUGAGAUAAACCUGAUUAUAUUGGCAGAAAGCUCAUUGAGAAUGCGAAGAUGGCAAAUGAUGCUGAAGGGUGGUUGUUGAUGCUCUUGUCGGAUUCUGAGAUACAUAGUAAAAAUAAAACCUAUAAAGCACA